AUGGCAAACUCAGCGACAGAGGCGAAAUCGGCCUCCAAAUCCAAGCCCGAGAGACUGCCCAUCACCGUCUCCAAGCCUACCCCAUACACGUUCGACCUGGGCCACCUUCUUGCAAAUGACCCGAACCCACUUGAACUUUCGCGCUCCGCGCCCCUCAAUGGACCCUUAAAGGCCACCGCCCGAGAUGGCGUGCAAAGCAUCCUCAAUCAACUCCUAACAACCUGCCAAAUCACCUCCUCGCAACAGGGCGUCCUCCUUUCUCUCCCACAACCCUCAACGACUCUCCCCCGACACAAGCCGCUCCCAACACCCAAGCCGCCGACCAAGUGGGAGCUAUUCGCGCGCAAGAAGGGUAUCGGGAAGUACAACAGCAGGCCUGGUGCUGCGCUUGCGGAUAAGGAGCGCCGCAAGAAGCUGGUCUACGAUGAAGAAUCGGGCGAGUGGGUGCCGCGCUGGGGGUAUAAGGGCAAGAACAAGGCUGAUGAUGAGUGGUUGGUUGAGGUGAAGGAGAAAGACUGGAAGAAGGAGGAGGACGCCGCGGCCAAGGGAAGUUCGAUUCGUGGUAUGUCCCGUACCGAGCGGAAGGACAGGAUAAAACGGAAUGAGAGGAAGAUGAGGUCGAAUGAGCGAAACGCAAAGAAGUCUGGUGGGCGAUAA